AACAAUGGGCUGGGUCGGACCCUUCUAAAGUAUACACAUUGCUUCAAAUUAAACCCUAACAGAGUACAAACUCGCUGAAGGCGAUUUUUGAAACCCUAAGUCACAAAUUUUGUUUCUUCUUCGAAUUGACCAAGCUGCUUCUUAUUCCUCAGUUCUUUGGGUUGCUUGAAAAUUCCUCUGCAAAUAUGGCAAAGCGCGAGAUUUCUAGUACUUUGAAGAAUUUGAAGUUUAUGCAAAGGGCAGCUCAGAGAGAGGAAAAAACUAAAAAACAAGAAGAGGAGAAACCUGAUGGAAAUUUCUUUUCCCCUGGUGUCAUUAGAAAGUGUGUGGUACUAAUGGAAGGGGAUCCCCAUCCAGGAGCAGCUAUAGGGCGUAUGUCAUUUCAAAGUUUUAAUCCUUCUGUUGAUAAACUAAAUGAAGAAGCAGCAAACCUUGCCACUAAUGCUGGCAGUCAGAGUGGAAGAACCUCUUUUAGAGAAAAUGGUUCAUCACUAAAUGAAGCAGAGUGCUCACACCCUGGUAAAGCACAAUCUGAUGCAGACAAUAAAAGAAAACAGCCUGAGGGAGCAUCUGAGCCACAAAAGAAGAAUAAAUCACCAAAAACUGAAGAGGGCCAACAUUCAUCUCCAAAUAGCAGCAAAGGCUCCUUCAAGCAACCAAAGCACGAAAAGCUGGACUGGAGUGUGCUGAGACCAAAAAGUCAAAACAAUCAAAAGAAAAGAGGGUGAGAAUAUACUGUAAUAAUUGUAGAAUUCUUUUUUUAAUUUAAUGUCAGGCCUAAAUUAUGAUGUUGUAGUUGUUGCUCUUAUGAGUUUAUUAAUCAAAGGAAAAGAAAAUCCUGUGACUUUGUCAUUACAUUCGCAUUACAUUGAUUUUGUUUCAAAUAUGAUGGCAUUGAUCUUUCAUUA